UAGGUACCAUCAAGGAAAUGGCCUUCAACCUCCACCGCCUGCGCGACUGGAUCCCCACUGAUCUGCCGCGUCUCGCCUCGUGGAACCAGGCCGACGACGCAGACGUAGAAGCCGAGUCGCAUCGGCCAGGAACGGCGCAGACUGGCGAUUCCGCCGAUCCCGACGCCAUUGAGCACAACGGCGACGUCGACCGAUUCUCCGCCGGCGGCACAGGCGCGCGUGCAUCGGCCAUGGUCCUGGCCGAGCCCACCCCCAUCGACGCAGGUCCCAAGUCCAACCUCGACCUGGUCAAUGAGUGCGACAAUUUCCCCUACUACCAGACCGACCCCAAGCUGUACUUCGCCCACGUUAAUACAUACUAUGCUCUGUACGUCAAAGACCACCCCAACACCGAGCUGGGCUACCUGCUCCCGAGCGUGACGGAAGUCUUUCGUGGCCUUCCGGAUUGGCGCAUUGACGAUGAGGAGAGGAGUCUGACCUUGGUGACGGGGAGGACCGAGGCGGAGAGGACUCAAGUCGUGCAAGCGACGAUUCGGGCGAUGCACGCCACAGGAUACUUCAAAGUCCUGUCCAAAUGGCGAAAUGAAUUGCACCCCGUAUAUGGGCCCCAGGGAGAGGUGUUGUUCAGCAUGGAGAGGGCUGCAUCUGCGUUGUUUGGUAUCACGACGUACGGCUGUCACAUGACGGCUUAUGUGCAGGGUAAUGAGGACAAGGAGCAGCAAACGAGGAUUUGGGUGCCUCGCCGAGCGGCAAACAAGCAGACGUACGGUGGAAUGUUGGACAAUACCGUUGCGGGAGGUAUCGCAACGGGGGAGACUCCUUUCGAGAGCCUGGUGCGAGAGUCUGCGGAAGAGGCCAGUUUGCCGGAGGAGCUGGUGAGGAAGAAGGCGAAGGCGGUAGGCACUGUCACCUACUUUCACAUCCGCGACCAGCGAGCUGGUGGGGAGACCCGCUUGGUACAGCCAGAGUGUCAGUAUGUGUACGACCUGGAGCUCCCCGAGGAUGUUGAGCCGAAGCCGUCAGACGAUGAGGUAGAGUCCUUUCAGCUCAAGACGGUGGAAGAGGUCAAGGAAAGCAUGAGGAAUGGCGAGUUCAAGCCAAACUGUGCGCUGGUGCUGCUGGACUUCUUCAUCAGGCAUGGAAUUCUGACCAUGGAAACGGACGAGAAUUACAUUGAAAUCGUGUCAAGGCUACACAGGAGAUUGGAAUUUCCGUCCCCUUGAGCCACGGGCUUGGCAUCGUCUCCAAUUCAAGGCACAUGACCGGAGGCGUUAUGCUGGACAUUGGCCUGUUCACGAUCGACAUGAUUGCAUGACACAAAGACAGGAAAUGAUAAUGCCCCCUCACAAUUUGCUACAUUGCGCGGGCUUUUCAGGCGUAAUCUUCAUACUCGUGCUGAUGUUGUCUACGGUAUCUGCUUGCCCUGGAGGCUGGCAGAUGGGACACGUCCUUAAAGGAUAUGGAGACUUGCCGACUCUCACGAAAUGGAGUUGAGCGAUUGUGAUCACUUGGUAGUCUGCACAAUGCCAAUUCAU